GAAGCUGUUGAAAUGUCAACCUCUUAACUCUUCAUGGAAAUGGCGACCUAAUUUGGAUUUCACCUAGUUCCUUUUUUUAAGUUAUGGACAUUGGCCGUGGGAAGGGAGCCAGUAAGUGUUCAGAAACAGGCACAGAGGAAAGUGAUGGGAAUGGAAUCAGUAAGCAUUCAUUGAUGCAUCCCGAACUUGUUGGAAACCAAAGUUAUACACAUUCGAGUGGGACGAGUACUGGAACCAGUGAUCAUUCACAAGAACAUAUAGAACUUGGUGUUGCAAGUGAUCCUUUUUACUUCAACCAGGAUGUAUUCAAUGGAACCGAAAGUAGUAAAGUCGUCUCAGCCAAACAGCAGAGGCUGUCGUCCUCUUCAUCCUCAUCCACUUCAUCUACAGAUGAUCAGUUUCAAGCUAAUAAAAAGUUAUCAGAAUCCAGAUCAGGCAUAGCUUUCACUUCUUCCUCUAAACCUGAUGAUGAACAUCAUGUCUCUGCUACUGCAACAUCUACAUCUCGAGUUCCUAGUUUUGUACAAGGACCAACAGUGACAAUAUCCCCUCCACUCCAAAUGAUGGAUCAAGAGGGAGGAUACGAUCCUUAUAGGAUUUCCUCUUCGGUCUUCAAAAGAAGAAAUUCCUUAACACCUGCAGAUUGGAGUAUUGCUUCUAAUGAGUCAUUAUUUAGCAUUCAAGUAGAGAACAACAGUUUCUCCAGAGAGCAUUUUCUGAACUCAAAAUCCGGAGAAUUUUCCAAAUCAGAUGAGGAGUUAUUCGCGUUAAGUCCAUCCACUGACAAAAAGAGUGUUGAAUUUGAAAAGAGUGAGGGAACUUUGAUAUCAGAUGAUGGUGCAAAGGAUAAAACAGACCCAAGUGCUGAAGAACCAAAUGAGGAAAAGCCAACAUAUCCACCGAGAUUCUGGACCUCACCCACCCAUUCCGAUGUUGGAACCACUGUAAAUUCCUUUGCCUUUACAGUUCUUGAAGAUGGCAGAAAUGUUGUUUCCAUGGAAGAAAAAAGGGAGCAACAAAGACAAGGACGAGAAGAAGAACAAGAGCCCUUGUCAUCUUCAACACCCUCGAAAUUAUCUUGCUGCGGUAACUGUUGCUCUUGUUUUCCUUGUUGUCAACGGCAACGGCAAUGCUGCACAUGGCAUUGGCACUGGUGUCGCUCCUGUCACAAUUGUUGUCAAUGACAUUGAAAAUUACUUUCAACCCGCCCUCUCCUUGCCGAAAACAAAAAAAUCCUUUGGAAUGGCUUAUAUUACAGGAUGUUUGCUCUGAUCUGAUGUUAUUUAAUCAAUCAUGACUUCUCCGUAACUGAAAAGGCUCUCAUCAUGAACUUUCACAUAUAUAUUUCUCUUCUCAUAUGCAUGAUUAUGUCAGAAAUUUGAGGCAAUGGUUGAGAAGGGAAAAAACAUCUUUACCCUACAUGAUUUGGAAGGUGGGUUCCAAUUUUUAGGUAGUUAUAUUGUGAAUCUAUAUAGCUCUGUAAUUCUUACAUCUAGUUUAUUGAUACAUUAGCUUCCUUAGAUAUUUUU